AUGGCCACUUAUCGGGGCUACGAUCCAGAGUUCGCUCGCAAGACAGAGGGUGAGCUGCUGAAGAAGAUCGAUCGUCGGAUCCUACCUUUGGUCCUGCUCAUCUACCUGUUCAACUAUCUGGAUCGAAACUCCAUCACGCAGGCCCGAGUCUAUGGGCUGCAAGAAGACACCCACCUGAAGGGAGCGGAGUACCAGACCGUCAUUUCCAUCUUUUCAGUCGGAUACAUUCUCAUGCAAGUCCCCUCCACCAUGCUCAUGACCAAGCUUCGACCCUCCAUCUACCUGCCGUCAUGCAUGAUCGUCUGGGCGAUCGUGAGCGGAUGCACGGCAGCAACCCACAACGUCGGCAGUAUCAUGGCAGUUCGGUUCCUGCUCGGGUUUGUCGAAGCCCCCUUCUUCCCCGGCGCCAUCUACUUCCUCAGCUGUUGGUAUACAAAGAAGGAACUGGGAGUGCGAACCGCAUUGCUCGUGUCGGGCAUCCUGCUGUCCAACGCUUUUGCGGGACUCAUCUCCGCCGGAAUCCUGACUGGAAUGAACCACACCACGCGCAUCGCAUCCUGGCGAUGGCUGUUUAUCAUCGAAGGGCUUGCCACCGUUGUUGUAGCCCUCGUGGCCAUGGCCUUCCUACCCGACUUCCCCGCCACGACCAAAUGGCUGACUGAAGCCGAACGGAUCGUGGCGCAGGCGCGUCUCGCCGAGGACGCAGGCUCGGAGAACGCACUGGAAGACGAAAAAGUGCCCUUGCCCCGAGCAUUGGUCUGGGCCGCCAAGGACGUGCGCACCUGGAUCUUUGCCUGUAUGCAGAUGGCCACGACGGCCACCAUCUCCUUCUCCCACUUCUUCCCCACGCUGAUCAAAGAGAUCGGGUUCUCCAACAACACCAUCGUGCUCCUGCUCACAUCCCCACCCUACGUCGUGGGAUUCUUCUGGGCCGUAGGCUGGGGCUGGUGGGCCGAUAAGCGCCAGACUCGCUCCAUUCCCGCGGGCGUGUCAGAGGGGGUGGCCAUUCUCGCGGCCAUCCUGUUGAUUGCGGUACCAGAGUCCAACCAGUGGGCGCGGUAUGCCUUUACAUUGUUGAUCUGCUGCGGAACGUACGGCGUCUACGCGACCACCUACGCCUGGCUGUCGUCGACCAUCGUCCAGCCCCCGGCGAAACGGGCCGUGGCGAUCGGCAUCGCCAACACCUGCGCCAACGUGGCGUCGUUGUUUGCCAACUACUUCUGGUUGGACCAGUAUGAGCCCACGUAUCGGGUCUCUUGGGGAUGUAUCCUCGCUUUUGAGUGUCUCGGAAUGGCGUGUAUCCUAACGCUGCGUUUUCUGCUUCGUCGCGCCAACAGAAGGUUCGAGGACUUGGCAGCCACGGUGGAUGUGAAUGACGGUGUUGCCAUGCAGAGAUUGGAUCAAGACUCGCGGCGCGCCAUCUUGAAUGGGUUCCGAUAUGUAAUCUAG